UUCACGGUUUCGUUUGUUUGCGGCGCUUCAACAGUACUCCGAAAACUAACGGUACUCGCGUUUCGUCUCUGACGCACAAAGAAGAAAAGUUGAGUCCAAAAACGAAAACAGUUGAGCGCGAUGCUACGGUUCAUCCUCAUCCUCGGUUUACUUGAUUUACCAACGUAUUCGUUGGCUGAGUGCAGGUGGAGGCCGCAACGGAAAUCCGAGGAUAAGCAGCCCAUAUUUCUUAAUACCGGUGGUCCCGGUUUUAUUAUUCCGAAAAACGGGAGCGUCCUCCUUGGGGAUGAAGAAACGGUGCGCAUCUCCUGCCCCAACAGGAGGAACCAUUUAACCAUAAACAGUAAAGCUAAUGAGACUGUUGGGGUUUGCGUCGACGGGAAACUCAAAGUGGAGGAGGUGUUGUACGAUGAUUUCAAUGAGUUGAGAUGCAAUCGCACCGUCCUUGGAGACGUCCUGGAAACAAAUUCGAGUUGCGGUCCAGCCGAUGGUCACGGCCUACUGUUCGAGAUCGGAUACAGGGCGUUCGGAACGUUCCACUCUCUAAUCAGAGCCUGCUACGAUAACACCAGAGGCAACGCUCUCUAUUCCGAGCACAUCAUCUAUGGACAAUCCAUCAGAAAUGCAUCUCGAGCUAAAUAUCGUCCGUCUUUCAGCUCGCAGGGACUCGGACCUAAAGUGUCCGCAUCCGUGGCUUACAAACGGGCUUUCCAGAAGUCAACGUUCAACAAGAUUUUGGGUUCAUCGGUGCUGGGUAGCGAGUAUAUCAGCAAGAAGAACUUCUUGACCAGAGGACAUCACGCUCCUGAUGCGGAUUUCCAUUUCGCGGCGUGGCAAUUCUGCACGUACUUCUACAUAAACGCGAGCCCGCAGUGGAACAGAAUCAACGGCGGAAAUUGGGCGACGAUCGAGAACCUGGUGCGAAGGUUGGCCGGAAAACUUGCGAGGGAUUUGAAAGUGUACACGGGAACCUACGGCGUUUUAUCUUUGAACGACACCGAUGGGAAUCAGCAGGAGAUGCACCUCGUCCGAGGCAACAUCUUGCCAGUUCCCGAAUACAACUGGAAACUUGUGGUGGACGAAGAAACGGCUCAAGCUAUCGUUCUUUUAGUGUUGAAUAAUCCUUUCGUUAAUCCCGAAGAAGUGGUCCAUCUGUGCGAGGAUUCUUGCCGCGAGAACGGAUGGUUUCAUAAGAGUUGGAAUAAGACGCAAAACGGGGCGGUUUUCUGCUGCGAGUACGAUAGAUUCGAGGAGGCUGUGGGCCCUCUGGUGUCCGCCUCGUUAAACGUUACCGGCGUUCUUCGAGGCCCGAACUGAGCGCGGAAAUUACGUAUUCUUUAAUUAAAUUUAACAAUUGCGAAAAUAGAAGAGCAACCGGAGAAUGAGGAAGCAAAAAAAAAAUAUACAAAGCAACGUGUAGAGGAGGGUGGAAGACCUCGAUUGUUCCACUUGUAAAGUAAACAGUUACACCCUCAAGAGGCGGCGGUUUUUUUCCUGAAGUUGAAAGAAGGAAUGAGGAGAAAACUUAAUUUUGCCGCAUUAGCCCCGGAAGGAGAACGAGGGAGUAAAAAUAAAAUACAGAAAUGUGCGAACCGAGAAAAGUUUUUCCUCUUUUCUUUCAUUUCAUUUCUUGUCCGCGUCUCCAGAGAUGCCCUCCGUGUAUUAUUAAAUCAAA